GCUGGUUUUUUGUUAGGGUUCUUCAAAGCGAUUGCAUUGAGCAGUAAAAAUGUCAUCGCCGGCGCCAAAAUCUCCAGAGCAAUCGGACAAAAGUAGGAAAUAUGACCGACAGAUCCGUUUAUGGGGAGAGCACGGACAAAAUUUGCUCGAGAGUUCUACAAUUUGCUUGCUUAAUGCAACAGCACUAGGUUGCGAAGUUCUGAAAAGUCUGGUUCUACCCGGUAUUGGAGGUUUUACCAUUGUCGAUGGCAGCGUUGUGACCGAGGAUGACUUAGGAAUAAACUUCUUUUUGGAUGCCUCGUUUCUUGGGCAAUCUAAGGCUGGAGCGUGCAUGCAAUUACUUCAAGAACUAAACGCUGAUGUCAACGGCGACUUUGUUGAUGAAAGCGUUGACUGGAUAUUAUCAAAUCGACCCGCAUAUUUCGACACGUUCGAUGUUGUAAUUGCUUCAAAUCUAAAUGAAAAAGCUUUAUUGGGAUUAUCCGAACGUCUGUGGGAAGCAAACAUUCCAUUUAUUUAUUGUCGGUCGUUGGGUUUUUUUGGUUCUAUACGCUUACAAAUAAGGGAACAUUGUGUUAUCGAGUCUCAUCCCGAUAACCAACAAUAUGACCUCCGCCUAGAAAAACCGUUCCCUGCAUUGCAGAAUCAUUUUGAGAGCACAGAAGUUACAAGCAAAGUUCCAUGGUUGUUAGUGCUUAACAAAUUUCUACAAAUAUGGAAGGAGAGAAGUGGUGGGCAUGCACCAACCAAUUAUAAGCAAAAAACUCAACUGCGAGAAAUGAUUCGCUCUGCCAUGACUGCAGACGAAGAAAACUACGAAGAAGCCAUAAAGGCAGUAAAUACUGCUAUGGGCGGCGGUACUGUGCCUCUUUCGAUCAAAGCGAUAUUUGAGGAUAACGCUUGCACGAAUCUUAAUAAGCAGAGUGACUCCUUCUGGAUAAUAGCCAAAGCCUUGAAAGAAUUCGUAGAAAACGAUAAUAACGGCUUAUUGCCAUUGCCUGGAGUACUGCCAGAUAUGACAGCUGAUACUGAAUCAUAUAUAACUUUACAGAACAUUUAUCGGCAACAAGCAUUACAUGAUGCGGACAACGUCUAUCGUAAAUGUCAAAAAUAUUUAAAAGAACUCGGACUGCCUGAAGAUACAAUUUGCGAGAAAACGGUACGCCUGGUUUGUCGUGAAGCGGCUGGAUUGGCUGUUAUACGUGGUACUAAAAUUUCCGAUGAGAACGCCAAAAGUAACAACUUACUUUCGAUUGUGGACGAUUUAGAGAUUCAAGACACACUUUCCGAACAUUAUGUGGCUUUGCGUGCCUAUGAGCGUUUUCUAUCUGAAUGUGGCAAUGUGCCCGGUGAAUGUUAUGUCGAGAACGAUGUGAAGGAGUUUAAAACGGUUGCUAGUAAAAUGCUGUCCGAUUGGAGUGUUCAUGCAUCCAUUAGUGAUGAUUUGAUACAUGAAAUUUGCCGUUUUGGUGGCUCGGAGAUACACUCAAUAUCGGCAUUUAUUGGCGGAUGUGUGGCCCAGGAGGUGAUAAAAAUAGUGACCAAGCAAUACAAACCUAUCGACAACACGUUCUUAUACAACGGUAUCACUUCCGAAACGGCAACUCUUAAACUAUAAUUAUUUAAAAUGCUUCGUCAAACAUUUUAACCGUAACAAUUCCGAUGAGUUACAAGCCAUUCAUAUAGCAAAAUUUUUGGCUUUACGUAAAUACAUAAUUAAAAAAAUUUACAUAAAUUACUAUAACAAAUUAAUAAUAACAAAUAUUUAGAGAUUUAUAUUUUGUGAAUGCAAGAUAGGAUAAGUAUAUUGGAGAACUUAUUAAUCCGGAUGUUUUCGUAUGAUGCUAGUGAGUGACGUUACCUGUCUUAAAAUGAAUCUGGCCGUUCAAAUUCCGACUGCCAUGGGAAAGUUCUAAUUUCCUAAAUAUAGGUAAAACCUACUCUGCACUUGUGUAUAAAUAUUUAGAAAUUUGGUAUCUAUAUACCAACCAGCAGCCAAAAAUAAAAGUUAUUUCGUAUUUAUAAAUAGAAAAGGUUGUGCGAAUUCUGAAGUUUAACGAAAAAGGUGUUUCAUAGUAGUUAUUUGCUAAAAAAUAUGUUUUCCACUGUCGAUAAGAGUUAUUUCCCAACAUUCAAAUUUUACAUUGCUUCACAACAGUUAUUUCACCACGUUUAUUUUUUAUGUUGUCUAAUAACUAAUAUGCAAGAGAAAUAUCACCGCCAAGAAAAAAAAAAUCAAAAAUCAACGUGAUCUUUGACCCACUAGAAAUUAGCACGACGUUAUGAUACCAAAAUUCGAUGAGCUAUAAAACUCUGCCCGAAUUUUAUCUUAAGAUUGUGAGCAAAACGGGGAGCGAACGAGAUUUUGCCAAUUUUUUUUUUAAUUUUGUACAAAGUUUGAAACUUUGAGUUAUAUGGAUUUUGUUGUAGU